AUUUAUUUACUUGCAUUGACCAGAUUUUAUUUCAUUUUUUAAGAUCUUUACAGUUAUGUUACAGUUUUAUUACACAGGGACACAGCCAGCAUGAACAGUCUGGGUUACUGCAAAAUUGAUGGACGUAUCAAAGACAUGAUCAUCCGUGGAGGAGAGAACAUCUUUCCUGCCGAGAUAGAGCAAUUUCUCUAUAAACAUCCCAAAGUGCAGGAGGUGCAGGUGGUUGGGGUGAAAGAUGAGAGGCUGGGUGAGCAGGUGUGUGCCUGCAUCAGGCUGAAGGAGGGUCAGAGCUGCAGUGCAGAGGAGAUUAGAGCGUUCUGCAAAGGACAGAUUUCUCAUUUCAAAAUCCCACAUUAUGUGAUGUUUGUGGACAGCUACCCCCUCACUGUCUCUGGAAAGAUCAAGAAAAAUGUUCUAAAGCAGGAUAUGGAGAAGGCGUUGGGCCUUUAGCUUGAUGGACACUGAGUGAAGGGAAGCACUCAGCACCAAGAGAUGAACUGGGACUAUAAUUCAAAUUAGCUGCUUGAUUUUAUACCAUUUUGCAGACUAAAUGUAAUUAAAAUACCGAAAAAUGUAACCUAA